GUUAUAUAAAGUGUGCAAGGAAAUGCGCGCGCAAACGGUUGCAAGAUGGCGUACGCGGUAGGGAUUCUACUUGCUACUCUCUUAGUGGGGGGCUUGGCUUUGCCAGCGCCCGAGACUGAUGUAAAGCAGUUCUACGGCCACUCAGACCCAACGGGGCGCAUCGUGGGUGGAUCGAACGCGGGAAAUGUGCCGUUCAUGGUGGCACUCUCGAGCGGCUUAAUCUCGCGCUCGUUCUUGUGCGGAGGCUCGCUGGUUGGCCGUCGCCGCGUGCUCACCGCCGCGCACUGCAUCGCCGCCGUCUUCUCUGGAGGCUCGCUCACAAAUACCCUUCGCGGCACAGUGGGCACAAACCGCUGGAACUCUGGAGGCACGAACUACAACUUUGCUCGCAACAUCACACACCCUAACUACGUGGCUGGAAUCAUCAAGAACGACAUCGGGCUACUGGUGACCACAGCUGAUGUCGCUCUUAACAACGCUGUGCAAAUCGUCGCCCUCAAUUACGACUUCAUUGGCGCCAAUGUCGGAACCACUGUGUACGGCUGGGGAAGGAUUAGGCAAGGUGGACAGAGCUCGGCAACUUUGCUGCAGCUGCACAAGAACACGUUCGAUAGUGCACGCUGCGUCACCGAAGUAGCUCGCAUGGCGCAGCAGCUGAACAUCCGCGCACCCGCUGUCCAGCCGCACAUCGAGAUCUGUACCUUCCACUCCGCCAACCACGGCACUUGUCACGGUGACAGCGGCGGGCCGUUAGUACAUCGCAGCAACGGGCGACAGAUGGGUAUCGUGUCUUGGGGUCUGCCGUGCGCUCGCGGAGCACCUGACAUGUUCGUGCGCAUCAGCGCAUACCGUAGCUGGUUACAAUCCAACAUGUAAAUAAAACACGAAAUAAACGACGUCAUAUCUUU